AUGUCCGAUACUCGUGUUGUAGUUGGAAUAGAUUUCGGAACAACCUAUUCGGGAUUUGCGUACUCGCACGAAGUAAACCCUGAGAUUGAAACAAAUCAAAUUUGGCCAACAGGCGUAAUGAACACAUUUAAAAUCAACACAGUAUUGAUGUAUGAUGAAAAUGGUGAUAAAGUUGAAUCGUGGGGUUUUAAAGCCUUGGUCAAUAAAAAAGCGAGAAGACGUAUCGAUGACACAAAAGAUUCUAGACCUAUUGAAUUAUUUAAAUUACAUUUAGGAAGAGAUAUAGAAACUUCAGAAAACUUGGAAUCAAGAUUAAACGAAGUUUCUACACAGAAUAGACUCGAUUAUAAAAAAGCUAUUGCUGAUUAUUUGGGUGAAAUGGCUGAAGCCGCUGCAAUUUAUUGUAGAAAAGUUUUGGGCGAACAUUUCAAAGUUCCUUUUGGAACUGUUGUUAAAGGUGCAGUGGAAUAUGGUUUGAAUAUGAAGUGUGUUAAAAAUAGAGUGUUGAAAAAAACUUAUGGUGUCAAAAUGUUCAAAGAAUCUUCAUCAAGUAGUGACAACAACCAAGAUGAUUUAGGCGAUGACGAUGUGGAUGAUAAACGUUGCGUUGAAAUAAUUUUACGUUUUGGUGAGACAGAAAUAAAAGCUAUGGCCAAAGUUAAAGGAACUGGCGAAAUUAAAGAAGUACUAAUAAAUUUAGAAUCGUAA